AUGGCUCCUCACGCUAGCUCGGAUGCUCCCUUGAACGGGUCGGCUCGCCCAGAGGCGGCUCCCCUCUUCACCGUGCAGUCUCCCAACGUGGUCUACACCGACGACGAGAUCAAGAGUCGCUAUGCCUAUCAGACCACCGAGAUCACCCGCACCGCCGACAACAAGUUGGUGGCCACCCCCAAGGCCAUCGACUACCACUUCAAGGUCGACCGGAAGGUCGGCAAGGUGGGGAUGAUGCUCGUCGGCUGGGGUGGCAACAACGGUUCCACCGUGACCGCGGGUAUCAUUGCCAACCGCCGCGGUCUCGCUUGGGAGACCCGGGAAGGCAAGCAGAAGGCCAACUACUAUGGCUCCAUCGUCAUGGGCUCCACCGUCAAGCUGGGUACCGAGGCCCAGACCGGCGAGGAGAUCAACAUCCCCUUCCGGGACUUGCUCCCUAUGGUCCACCCGAAUGACCUGGUCAUCGGGGGUUGGGACAUCAGCAGCCUCGAUCUGGCCGCCUCCAUGGAUCGUGCUCAGGUCCUGGAACCCAGCCUCAAGGCCAUGGUCCGCAAGGAAAUGGCCGAGAUGAAGCCCCUGCCCAGUAUCUACUACCCGGACUUUAUCGCCGCCAACCAGGAGGAUCGUGCCGACAAUGUCGUCGAGGGUACCAAGGCCUCGUGGGCUCACGUCGAGCACCUCCGCAAGGACAUUCGUGACUUCAAGGCUCAGAAUGGCCUCGACAAGGUCAUUGUCAUGUGGACCGCCAACACUGAACGCUAUGCGGACUUGGUGCCCGGCGUCAACGACACUGCCGACAACUUGCUCAACGCCAUCAAGAACGGUCAUGAGGAAGUUUCUCCUUCCACCGUCUUUGCGGUGGCCUGUAUCCUGGAGAAUGCCCCCUUCAUCAACGGCUCGCCCCAGAACACCUUUGUGCCCGGUGCGCUGCAGUUGGCCGAGCAGCACGGCGCUUUCGUCGGUGGGGACGACUUCAAGUCGGGUCAGACCAAGAUGAAGUCCGCCCUGGUCGAUUUCCUGAUCAACGCCGGCAUCAAACUUACUUCGAUUGCCAGCUACAACCACCUGGGUAACAACGAUGGCAAGAACCUGAGCUCCCAGCGGCAGUUCCGCUCCAAGGAGAUUUCCAAGUCCAACGUGGUGGACGACAUGGUGGCGGCCAACCACAUCCUGUACGAGAAGGAUGAGCACCCGGACCACACCGUGGUCAUCAAGUACAUGCCUGCCGUCGGGGACAACAAGCGUGCGCUGGAUGAGUACUACGCCGAGAUCUUCAUGGGUGGUCACCAGACCAUCAGCUUGUUCAACAUCUGCGAGGACUCGCUCUUGGCUUCGCCCCUGAUCAUCGAUCUGGUGGUGCUGGCCGAGAUGAUGACCCGUGUCAGCUGGAAGGCCGACAGCGAGUCGGCCGAGUACAAGGGCUUCCACAGUGUGCUGAGCGUGCUCAGCUACAUGCUGAAGGCUCCUCUGACCCCUCCCGGUACCCCCGUGGUCAAUGCUCUGGGCAAGCAGCGUUCGGCGUUGAUCAACAUCUUCCGUGCCUGUGUUGGUUUGCAGCCCGAGUCGGAGAUGACUUUGGAGCACAAGCUGUUCUAG